AUGGCCAGCGAGCUCGAGGAUCUGAAGAGCCAGGAGGCGCAGACCGUCUGCGAGGCCCUGGGGCGCUACGAAGACACGCUGCGGGGCGCCGUCCGGGAGAUCCACGUGGACAUCCAGGUGUUCAAGCAAGGGGUAGGCCGGCAGGUGGAGGAGGGGGAGUGGUCCGAUGAGGUGGCGGGGAGCCCCCUGGCCGGGGAGCCCGGCUCUCCGGGACAGGGUUCGGCCGGCAGCACAUUCUCCAGCCAUGCCAAGCUAGCGGUCACUGGCCGGAGCCAAAGUGUAGACCUGGAUGACCACCACAAACCUGAGUUUAGAAGAGUUUUUAGUUCUUCCAUCAUUGAAAAUGGGCAUCAGUCUUCAGUAGGUCAGGCAAAAGCCUCUCAUGAACUGACCUCUUUUCACAUGUCAGAUUCUUCCCCUGAAGCCCAUGCCCCUGCAGUCACCUUACAGAUGCCUCAUCUUCCUGUUACUGCAGUAACCAGGAUAUCAGAGAAGUUUUCAGGAGAGACUAUCUGUUCGACCGGAACAGCUAAUGCGUCUGCUGGCCUCGUGGGACAAAGCAAGAACAAGAAUGCGAUAGCAGUGAAAACUUCCAACCAGUCAGAGAAUACCACUUCUGUCACUAAGUCUGUCUCAACUGUGAGCUAUGGGAUGAGUAGUGGAACUAAAACUGAUGAAAGUGCCACUAACAGUUACUGUAAUGUGACUCCCAGCUCUCACUCUUCUCCUCCCACUGUACCUCGUCAAGUUGAAAGGAGGCGAGAACUGGUACGGUCUCAAACGCUCCCACGGACUACAGGUGCACAGGCCAGGAAAGCGCUUUUUGAGAAAUUUGAACACGAUGGUGGAAAAGGAAAAGGACAAUCCAGAGCUAAGCUGAAGAGGUCGCAGAGUUUUGGGGUUGCCAGCGCUAGCAGCAUUAAACAAAUUCUGUUAGACUGGUGUCGCUCAAAAACCAUAGGAUACAAGCACAUUGAUCUCCAGAACUUCUCCUCAAGCUGGAACGAUGGGAUGGCAUUCUGUGCUCUUGUGCAUUCUUUCUUUCCUGAAGCUUUUGAUUAUAAUAAACUUGACCCAGCUAAUCGCAAGCAGAACUUUGAGCUGGCCUUCACCAUGGCUGAGAAAAUGGCUCACUGCGAUCGUCUGAUAGAAGUGGAUGACAUGAUGGUGAUGGGUCACAAGCCAGAUCCCAUGUGUGUCUUCACCUAUGUCCAGUCUCUAUAUAAUCAUCUACGAUGCUUUGAAUAAAACCAUUGACACCUCUCCGACCGGAAGGGUCAAGUACAGUAUGCUAAUGGGAAGAGUAAUGUUUUGCAAAUGGAACGCAGUGUUAUUUCUUGC